CGAGGAUUAAUGCACAUAAAUUGACGUCGAGAAAGUCUUCAAACACAAGGUAGUUAGUUACAAGUCAGGUCUGCUGCUUGUUGAGGAAGUCGAGAGUUCCGCUUGCGGUUCACCGUGGAUCACGUGUAUCGGGGCGUUUACGUCAUCGGCCCACCGAGUCUCUUUUUCAUCUUCUGGAACUUGCUCUCUGCCUGCUUAGAAAUACAGGCUACAGAGUGACUAAAGAGAAGUUUUUCUCCCUUUUCUCCCUUUUCUAAUCUUCCAGGUACUAUCUGAGUAUUUUUUUUUUUGAGUUAUCGGGAAGAUGAGGGCUGUGGGAGUUCGCAAUGGCAAGGGAGACGCCGACGCCCUCUUCAUCGAGGAGAACGUGGCGGACCCUGUUCCCAAGGAUGAUCAGCUGCUGGUGCGCGUCAAGGCUUUUGGGCUGAACAGAAUGGAUACCAUGCAGCGUGAGGGCAAGUAUCCCUUUCUCCCGCCUGAUGCCGGGCCUAUCAUCGGGGUUGAGUUCAGCGGUACAGUGGAAUCCAAGGGGUCAGCCUGCUCGGACAAGUUCUCAAUUGGUGAUGCCGUUUUUGGACUCAUCUCAGGUGGUGCGUACGCAGAAAAGGUCGUCAUUAGCGAAGGAAUGCUCAUUCCGAAGCCCCCGCAUCUGACGCACGAGGAAGCAGCCGGUACGACAGAGACCUGUUUCACUGCCUUCCAGGCUCUCUCGUUCGUCGGAGGAUUCCAGUCUGGCCAGUCCGUCCUUGUCCAUGCCGGUGCGUCCGGAGUUGGCCAGGCGGCCAUCCAGAUCGCCAAAUUGCUUGGGGCAUCCAAGGUUUUCACCACGGCAGGCAGUGAUGCCAAGUGUAAGCAGAGUCUGGAGCUCGGGGCCGACGUGGCUGUCAACUACCGCACCGAGGAUUUCUCGAAAGUCGUGGAAAAGGAGACCAACGGACGCGGCGUGGAUCUCAUCAUUGACCUGAUCGGCCGUGACUACUGGCACAAGAACAUGGCAUCGGCUGCCCCAGACGGCAAGCUCGUCCUGGUCUCCAUGAUGAGCGGGCCGAUUGUCGACAACUUGGACCUGCGUGUCCUCCUCACCAAGCGAUUGUCUAUCAUGGCCACCACGCUGCGCAUCCGCGACAAAGAAUACAAGUCACGUCUGUGCAAUGCCUUUAUCGAGCAGGUUCUGCCUCACUUUGAGGCCAGACGUAUCCGAACGAUCGUCGACUCGGUCUAUCCCUGGACGCAGGUGGCUGACGCCCAUAAGCGGAUGGAACAGAACCUGAACUCGGGCAAGAUCAUCUGCGCAAUCGACUGAUAGAUGGUACAUUUAUAAAUAUUGAUAUAUAUUGAACACUAGCUAUAUAUGUAUGACUGAAUGUGUUUUGAAAGUGAAUCUCAAUUUCUCUCAAGGUUCCC